CCGUGCUUGUGCAACAUUCUCCUGCUACGUCACGCUGUGAUAGAAGUGUUAUAAUUCCUCCAGCUGGAGUUUCCUCAAAGUGAAAGAAGAAUCGGUUUAGGAAAACUGCCGAGGAACACAAGACCGAGCAGGAUUUAAAUAUCAAAGGAUAAAAAGGUUAAGAGUAUCACAUAUGGACGCAGUGAUCCGUCGGUGCCCUUUCCUCACUGGUGUGCCCAGUGUCUUCCUGCAGCUGGCUGGGAAAUCAUCGCUGGCGAGCUAUGCCCAAAAAUGCCCCGUGAUGAUGGACCUGGCCUCCAGACCUCUGGCCAGAGCUCUGUCCUCUUCAGCUUCUGUGUUCAAAGGCCCUCCAACAAAUGAUGAUCAAAAGCCUGAAGUCAAGUUGCCCCCAGGUCACGUCACGCCCACUACUGGCCAAGCGGUAGGCUCCAGAUGUCCCUUCCUGGCUGCAGAGAUGGGGCAGAAAAACAACAGGGUGGUGAGAGAGGCCAGCAUGGAGCUGCAAGAGGACGUCCAGGAGAUGCUCUCUGCACGCACAGGGAAAAAAGAUGUUUCGCUUAUUGAGGCAGAAGAGGCCAACACAGGGACACCAAAAAACCUUCUUAAACCUUCCAAAGUGUCUCACCUGCUGAAGGACAAUCUGCCCAAGGUCGUCACCUUUCAGUAUGACAAGUAUUUUGAAAAGAAGAUUGAAGGCAAGAAGACAGAUCACACAUACAGGGUUUUUAAGACGGUGAACCGGCGUGCCUCAACGUUCCCCAUGGCGGACGACUACUCAGAGUCUCUUCACGCAAAGAGAGACGUGUCCGUGUGGUGCAGCAACGACUACCUCGGCAUGAGCCGUCACCCGAGAGUCACCCAGACAAUCAUGGAGACAUUACGAAAGCACGGUGCCGGUGCUGGAGGCACACGAAACAUUUCAGGGACAAGCAAAUUCCACGUGGAGCUGGAACACGAGCUGGCUGACCUGCACGAUAAGGACGCUGCACUCCUGUUCACCUCCUGCUUUGUAGCCAAUGACUCCACUUUGUUCACUCUGGCAAAAAUACUACCAGGUUGUGAAAUCUACUCUGACGCCGGCAAUCACGCAUCAAUGAUCCAGGGAAUAAGAAACAGCGGGGUCAAGAAGUUUAUCUUCCGUCACAAUGACGUCAGCCACCUGCGAGAGCUGCUUGAGAAGUCUGACCCCUUCACUCCAAAGAUUGUUGCCUUUGAGACGGUGCAUUCAAUGGAUGGGGCCGUGUGCCCACUAGAGGAGAUGUGUGAUAUUGCCCACCGGUUUGGUGCCAUCACUUUCGUGGAUGAAGUUCAUGCUGUAGGCCUGUACGGGCCCAGAGGAGGAGGGAUCGGGGACAGAGACAGAGUCAUGCACAAGAUGGACAUCAUCUCUGGUACCCUUGGCAAGGCCUUUGGCUGCGUGGGCGGCUACAUCACCAGCACCGACGCCCUGGUGGACACGGUGCGCUCCUACGCCGCAGGCUUCAUCUUCACCACCUCCCUGCCCCCCAUGCUGCUGGCGGGGGCGAGGGAAUCCAUCAAGGUGCUGAAAAGUGAGGAAGGCCAGGGACUCAGGAGGAAACAUCAGAGGAAUGUCAAGCUGCUCCGACAGCUGCUGAUGGACUCGGGCCUUCCCGUGGUCCACUGCCCGAGCCAUAUCAUUCCUGUCCAGGUGGCGGAUGCAGAGAAGAACACAGAGAUCUGUGACAUCAUGAUGUCUCGUUACAACAUCUACGUGCAGGCAAUCAACUACCCCACUGUGGCUAAAGGAGAGGAGCUGCUGCGCAUCGCACCCACGCCGCACCACACUCCCCAGAUGAUGUUCUACUUUGUUGACCGGCUGGUGAAGACGUGGAAGGAGGUGGGUAUGGAGCUGAGGCCGCACUCCUCAGCAGAGUGUGACUUCUGCCAGCAGCCUCUUCACUUCGAGCUGAUGAGCGAGAGGGAGAAGUCCUACUUCACAGGCCUCAGUCACAUGAUAUCAGCAGUAGCCUGAUGUCAUGUAAAAUACUAAAGCCCAGCAAGCCCCACCUCCUAGUACUCAAGCUAUUUAUUGUAUUUACAUUAAAUAUAUCACUGCGUGUUGUGUCACCAACACAAAUGUACGCUUAAAUUAGAUUAUUUAUCAUUUUAUUAUUUAUUUAUUGCCUUGUCUGGGAGUAUUAGUUGACUGAACCAUAGAACUUCUAGCUGGUAUGCACAUUAAAACACCAGGAUCCGGGAGCCAUUUGAUAAUCUAUUCAGUGAGGAUAAUGGAUGAAGAUAAUAUUGAUUUUUCUGAAAUCAAUAUAUUGCCAUGCUUACCACAAUUAGAAAUAACAAACAAGAGGUACAUAAUUUAUCCAAUAUUAUUAAUGCAUCAACAUCUUAAGGAUGAAAUACUUUCACAUUCUCAAUCCGCAUCCUAAUUAUAAUAAACAUAAGUUAAUCACUUCACAAAAUAUACAACCACUUUCUUCUAAAAUGAACACAUUGCCUUACUUACUGGGUUUGACUUUUCCUCACAUGUAAGUGGCUUAUAUCACACUGGUCUCAGAGAAUUAACUAGAGGCUUGAGAUUUUGAACACUGGGGAUCGAAACCCUGGACCUUCUUGCUGUGAAGCAACAGCACUAACUGCGCCGCUGUGCCACCCACUGUAUAUCUGUGCUUGUCCCAUGCAUAAUUCACAUCAUGUAAAUGAAUCCCUCGAUUAAAAAACAAAUGCAUGACA